UGAGCCAGAGCCGCAGAGCCCAGAGGGGCUUGAAGCCUAGAACUGUUUUGGAUUUUAAUUAAAAAAAAAUAAUUAAAGUGCGGAAAAUAACCACCAACGUUUUGGCGCGCAAAAAUGGGAGACAAUGAUAUCUGUAAAUCCUCCAUCUUCUUCUCCGAUCAACUCCUCUGCCACGCCGAUAUUCUUCCUCCUUCUCAGGUCCGAGCACGUAUCGAAGUGGCGGUUCUCAAUUUCCUUAAGAUUUUGAACUCUCCUACGACUCCAGCUAUCUCCGAUCUCCCUCUGAUUAGUCGAAAUUCGAAAAACAGCAGAGUGAGUCAAGGACUUUUGACUGAUGGUUCCUGGAUAUUUCUGUCGCAUUCGUUCUGCAUUAGGUCCUUGACGCGAGAAAAUACCUCGAAAUCUUUCAUUCGAGUGUGGAAGGUAAUGGAGAUGUGUUAUCAGAUUUUGGUUCAGGAAAAGAAAGUGACUCAGAGAGAAUUAUUCUACAAAUUACUCUGUGAUUCUUCCGAUUAUUUUAGUUCACAAUUACAGGUCAACAGGACAGUUCAAGAUGUAGUAGCAUUGCUUCGAUGCAGUCGUUAUAGUCUUGGAAUCAUGGCAUCUAGCAGAGGGGCUGUAUCUGGCCGAUUGUUGCUGCAGGAGCCAAGCCGUGAAGUUGUAGACUGUUCAACUUGUGGAUCAUCUGGCUAUGCAAUUACUGGAGACCUGGACUUAUUAGAGAAUCUGCUCAUGAAGACAGAUGCUCGAUAUAUUUUUGUGGUGGAGAAGCAUGCAAUAUUUCAGCGACUAACUGAAGAUCGCGUGUUUAAUCAAAUUCCUUGCAUUUUUAUCACUGCGAAAGGCUACCCUGAUAUAGCCACAAGAUUUUUACUUCAUCGUAUGAGCAGAAUUUUCCCCGACUUGCCUAUUUUAGGAUUGGUUGACUGGAAUCCAGCUGGAUUGGCAAUACUGUGUACCUUCAAAUAUGGGAGCACUGGAAUGGGCUUGGAAGCAUAUAGAUAUGCUUGCAAUGUCAAGUGGCUUGGAUUGAGAAAGGAUGAUCUAGAGCUUAUACCUGAACAAUCUUAUAUACCACUAAAGCCAAGGGAUCUGCAGAUUGCCAAGAGCCUGAUCUCCUCUGACAUCCUGCAGGAUAAUUAUAAAGAAGAAUUGGCUAUCAUGGUUCAGAGCGGUCGAAGAGCGGAAAUUGAAGCUCUCUACAUUCAUGGUUAUGAGUUCUUGGGAAGGUUCUUGGCAAAGAAAAUCGUACAAGCACAUUACAUUUAGUCACAACACUGAGCGUUGGUCAAGGGUCUGGGACCUGGACCCAUAUAUAUAAGCCCCGCAUAUAUAAGCCGGUUACUCUACUUCUACUGCUGCUAGUUGCUGCUUGGUGUAUAUCUAAUAGUGGCAUUGUCACUUCUCUGAUCCACGCGAUGGGGUCAAUUCUCGGUGACUUGCCCUCUUACGACCCCCAUAAUUUCAGUCAAAUUCGACCCUCAGAUCCUUCAAAAUCAUCC